AUGUCCGGGGGAAUCCGGACGAAUGCUUUACAGUGCCUAGAUGCUUUUAAGCCUUGUAUCAAUGAGGGAAAAUGCAUCUCCUAUCGCAAUGGCACAGGAUAUUGCAAGUGUCCAGAGGGUUUUCUUGGAGACUACUGUCAGUACAGAAACCCUUGUGAAAGCCAUACCUGUCAGAAUGGAGGAACAUGUGAAACCACAUCUGUGGUCGGAAAAGCCACUUGUAAAUGUGCUUUAGGAUUCACAGGCGAGGACUGCAGAUACUCUGAAUCGCACAUCUGCUUUGUAUCUCACCCCUGUUUAAAUGGAGGGACCUGCCAACUGCUUCUCCAGGACACAUAUGAGUGUGUCUGUCCACCAGGUUACACAGGAAAGGACUGCCAGUGGAUUGAUGCUUGUGUGUCUCAGCCAUGUGCCAAUGGAAGUACGUGUAUCACAUCUGGAAGUGGGUUCUCCUGCACCUGCCCAGCAGGCUAUACUGGCCCAAAGUGCGAGAUUGAUGUAAAUGAAUGUGCCACAUCAGGACAAUGCCAAAACGGUGGAACUUGUCACAAUUUGCCUGGUUCUUACCAAUGCCACUGCAAGCCAGGCUUUAGAGGACACCACUGUGAGAUCACAUAUGUGCCAUGUUCACCAUCACCAUGUAUGAAUGGAGGGACAUGUCAUCAAACCAGUGACUUUACCUAUGAGUGCAACUGUCUGCCAGGCUUUGAAGGAAGCACCUGCGAGCAGAAUAUUGAUGACUGCCCAAAUCAUAAUUGCCAGAACGGUGGGGUGUGUGUGGAUGGUGUGAACACUUACAACUGCCACUGCCUCCCGCAGUGGACAGGUCAGUUUUGUACUGAGGAUGUGGAUGAAUGUCAGCUCCAGCCCAACGCCUGUCAGAAUGGAGGGACCUGCACCAACCACAAUGGAGGCCAUAGCUGUGUCUGUGUCAAUGGCUGGAGCGGGGAGGACUGCAGUAAGAACAUUGACGACUGUUUCAAUACUCCCUGUGCUGUCGGGUCUACUUGCAUUGAUCGUGUGGCCUCAUUUACAUGUAUUUGUCCAGAAGGAAAGACAGGUCUCCUGUGCCACUUGGAUGAUGCAUGUGUUAGCAACCCAUGCCUGAUGGGAGCUCUAUGUGAUACCAACCCUCUGAAUGGACACUACAUCUGCACCUGUCCUCAAGGCUAUAAAGGAGCAGACUGUACUGAUGACGUGGAUGAGUGUGCUAUGGCAAACAGCAACCCAUGUGAGCAUGCCGGGAAAUGUGUGAAUACAGAAGGCUCCUUCCACUGUGAAUGUCUGAAGGGGUACACAGGGCCUCGCUGUGAACUGGACAUUAAUGAAUGUCUUUCCGAACCAUGUCAGAAUGAUGCCACUUGCCUGGAUAAAAUUGGAGGGUUCACAUGUCUCUGCAUGCCAGGGUUUAAAGGUAUGCACUGUGAACUGGAGAUUAACGAAUGCCAGAGUAAUCCCUGUGUGAACAAUGGAGAAUGUCUGGAUAAAGUCAAUCGCUUCCAGUGUGUCUGCCCACCUGGUUUCACUGGAACAGUGUGCCAGAUCGACAUUGAUGAUUGCUCCAGCACACCUUGUCUAAAUGGAGCCAAGUGCAUUGAUUAUCCAAAUGGCUAUGAAUGCCAGUGUGCCACAGGUUUUACUGGCACUUUGUGUGAAGAGAAUAUCAACAACUGUGACCCUGACCCUUGCCACCAUGGUGAAUGCCAGGAUGGAAUUGAUUCGUACACCUGUGUUUGCAAUUCUGGGUACAUGGGUGCCAUAUGCAGUGAGCAGGUAGAUGAAUGCCAGAGUAACCCCUGCCUCAAUGAAGGACGCUGCAUUGACUUGGUGAAUGGCUAUCAGUGCAACUGUCUCCUGGGCACUUCAGGAGUGAACUGUGAGAAUAACUUGGAUGACUGUGCAAGUAACCCUUGCAUUUAUGGAGUCUGUCUCGAUGGCAUUAAUCGCUACGAUUGUGUCUGCAAGCCUGGAGUUACAGGUCCAAGGUGUAAUAUUGAUAUUGAUGAAUGCAUCUCCAGUCCCUGUCAUAAUGGUGGAACAUGUGUAAAUGAAAUGAAUGGAUUUCGGUGUCUGUGUCCUGAAGGCUUCCAUCAACCCAGCUGUCACUCGCAAGCUGAUGAAUGUCUUAGUAACCCUUGUGUACAUGGAAACUGCACAAAUGAUGUCAGUGGAUACAUGUGUCUCUGUGACCCUGGUUGGGUUGGAACAGAUUGUGAAGUGGAAGAGAACGCAUGUCUGUCAAACCCGUGCCAGAAUGGAGGAAUUUGUGACAGUCUGGUGAAUGGAUACAUAUGUACCUGCAGGAAAGGAUUCAAAGGAGUGAACUGCCAGCUCGUGCUGUCUCCCUGCUCUCCUGAUCCAUGUGAGAACUCUGGAAUCUGCCAAGAAGCUCCUGACUCGGAGGGCUACACCUGCCAGUGUGCUGCUGGCUGGGAAGGCCAGAGAUGUACAGUGGAUAUAGAUGAGUGUGUGUCAAAGCCUUGCAAGAAUCAUGCUGUGUGCCAUAACACUCAAGGCAGUUACUUGUGUGAAUGCCGCCCAGGCUUCACUGGAGGAGACUGUGAGAGCAACAUUGAUGACUGCCUUUCAAAUCCCUGCCAGAAUGGAGCUUCGUGUGUGGAUGGGGUGAACUCUUUCUUAUGCACUUGUCUGCCUGGGUUCCAGGGAGAUAAGUGUCAGACCGAUAUAAAUGAAUGUCUGAGUGAACCAUGCAAGAAUGGAGGCACCUGCACGGACUAUGUCAACAGCUACACCUGCAAGUGUCAGGCAGGGUUUGAGGGGACCCACUGUGAGAACAACAUUGAUGAGUGUACCGAGACUUCUUGUUUCAAUGGAGCCACUUGUGUGGAUGGGAUCAACUCCUUUUCCUGCCAGUGCCCGGUGGGAUUCACUGGGGCCUUCUGCGUGAUGGAAAUUAAUGAAUGCGAUUCCCAUCCUUGUUUGAACAAAGGGACUUGUGUGGAUAGCCUGGGGACCUACCAGUGCAUCUGUCCCUUGGGUUACACUGGGAAAGACUGCCAAACACUCAUGGAUCUGUGCAGCAAGUCUCCCUGUAAGAACAAAGGCACAUGCGUCCAGAGGAAAACCCAGUCUCAAUGCAUCUGUCCACCUGGUUGGACUGGCGCCUAUUGUGACGUGCCCAACGUCUCCUGUCAGGUGGCUGCUUCACAGAGGGGAGUCCCCGUAGACCAAUUGUGUCAGCAUUCUGGCAUUUGCUUUGAUGUGGGAAACAGUCAUCGCUGCCAAUGCCACAUGGACUACACUGGCAGCUACUGUGAAGAGCAGUUGGACGAAUGCACCUCCAAUCCAUGCCAGAACGGUGCCACCUGCCGUGACUAUCUUGGGGGAUAUCAGUGUGAGUGUGUGCCAGGGUACCAAGGAGUCAACUGUGAAUACGAAAUGGAUGAGUGCCAGUUCCAGCCCUGCCAGAAUGGAGGAACCUGCAUUGAUCUUGUCAAUCAUUUCAUGUGCUCCUGUCCACCAGGAACUCGGGGCCGUCUUUGUGAGGAGAACAUUGAUGACUGUGCUUCAGAUCUGAGAGGACCCCGUUGCUUUAAUGGAGGACAGUGCAUUGACCAAAUUGGAGGCUACAGCUGCCACUGUCUCCCAGGCUUUGCAGGCGAGCGCUGUGAGGGGGAUAUUAAUGAGUGCCUUUCCAACCCUUGUAGCCCUCAUGGUAGCCUAGACUGCAUUCAGCUGGUCAAUGAUUAUACAUGCAUCUGUCGCAGUGCCUUCACUGGUCGUCACUGUGAGACCCUAACAGAUGUGUGUCCCCAGCAGCCUUGUCAGAAUGGCGGUACUUGUGCUGUUGCCAGUCAUGUGCCUUUUGGGUUCAUCUGCCAGUGUCCUCCAGGUUAUUCUGGGUUUAAAUGUGAGUUUGGCAGCCACAGUGUCUGUGGGCAAGUGAAAUGCAAGAAAGGGGAGCAGUGCAUCCAGACAUCCUCUGGGCCCCGAUGUUACUGCCCAAAGCUCUCAGCUGGCACGGCGUGCCAGACUGGUACAGGCUGUGCCAGUGCACCAUGCCAGAAUGGUGGAAGCUGCAUUCCCAGGACUCAGCCACCUUACUACUACUGCCAGUGUCCUGAUCAGUCUGAAGGGAGCCAGUGUGAACACUCAGUGCGCCCCAGCCAACAGCCACUGGGCUGUCCGGACCAACACUGUGCAGAAAGAGCAAAAGAUGGCUACUGCGACAAGGACUGUAACAUGCACGCCUGCCAGUGGGAUGGAGGUGACUGUUCCCUGACAGGGGAGGAUCCCUGGGCCAACUGCUCUUCCUUGCUGCACUGCUGGAAGCGCUUCGAUGGCAAGUGCGACGAGGUCUGUAACACACCCGAGUGCCUCUUCGACAACUUCAAGUGUCAGCAAAAUAGCAAGCAAUGCAAGUAUGAUAAGUACUGUGCAGAUCAUUAUGCGGAUGGGCGCUGUGACCAGGGCUGUAACAGUGAGGAGUGUGGCUGGGAUGGCCUGGACUGUGCUGGUGACAAAGCUGAGAAACUGGCAGAAGGGACCCUUAUUAUUGUGGUACUGAUGCCCCCCGAUGAGCUGCUCAGUGAUGCCCGCAGUUUCCUGCGGACUUUAGGAUCCCUUCUUCAUACCAACCUGAGAAUAAAACUGGACUCACAGGGAAACCCCAUGGUGUUCCCAUACUACGGGGAGAGGCCGGCAUCACGGAGUCGGCGAUCACUCUCAGGCAGUCGCAAGCCCAGAGAACUUGAACAGGAGGUCAUUGGCACGAAGGUGUUCCUGGAAAUUGACAACCGCCAAUGUAGUGAAGAUUCAGACCAGUGCUUUAAAAGCACAGAAGCUGCUGCAGCUCUCUUAGCAGCUCAGGCCAUGCAGGACAUGCUGCCCUACCCCUUUGUGUCUGUCCAAAGUGAACCUUGGCUACCAAAGAAGACCCAGUUGCUUUACCUACUUGCUGUGGCAGCUGUGAUCAUCCUUUUCAUCCUGUUGUUGGGUGUGCUUGUGGCAAAGAGAAAGCGCAAGCAUGGCUCCCUCUGGCUUCCAGAAGGCUUUGUUCUACGCCAGGACCCCAGUAACCACAAGCGCAGAGAGCCAGUUGGGGAAGAUGCAGUUGGACUGAAGAAUCUGUCAGUUCAAACUACAGAGGGUAAUUUGACUGACUGCAGUCUGAGCGAGCACUGGACCAGCAGUGGAGGACCUCCGCCUAAGAGAGCAAAGGCUGAAGACCAAGCUUUGCUGUCAGACGGAGAGGAGCAGGUAGAUCAGCGCCAGUGGACACAGCAACACCUAGAGGCAGCUGACAUCUGUGGGACCCCAUCUCUAGCCCUUACACCACCACAGGAGGAUCAGGAAGUGGAUGGGCUGGAUGUCAAUGUCAGAGGGCCAGAUGGGUGUACCCCACUCAUGUUGGCAUCUCUCCGUGUGGGCAGCUCCGAGAUUAGUGAUGAAGAUGAAGAAAUGGAAGAUUCUUCAGCAAAUAUAAUAACAGACUUGAUUUAUCAAGGUGCCAACCUGCAGGCCCAAACGGACCGUACUGGGGAGAUGGCACUGCACUUAGCAGCCCGCUAUUCAAGAGCAGAUGCAGCAAAACGCUUACUAGAUGCUGGUGCUGAUGCUAAUGCACGAGACAACAUGGGCCGGUCUCCCCUUCAUGCAGCCGUGGCAGCUGAUGCACAGGGUGUCUUCCAGAUCCUGAUCCGUAACAGAGUGACGGACCUGGAUGUGCGGAUGAAUGAUGGCACAACCCCACUAAUUCUGGCUGCCCGAUUGGCUGUGGAAGGAAUGGUGGCCGAGCUGAUCAACUGCCAGGCUGAUGUCAAUGCAGUGGACGAUCAUGGUAAAUCUGCUCUUCACUGGGCUGCUGCUGUUAACAAUGUGGAGGCAACAUUAGUGCUGCUGAAAAACGGAGCCAACAGAGACAUGCAGGACAACAAGGAGGAGACACCGCUGUUCCUGGCAGCGCGGGAAGGGAGUUUUGAAGCAGCUAAAAUCCUGUUGGACCAUUUUGCCAAUCGAGACAUCACAGACCACAUGGAUCGCCUCCCCCGAGAUGUGGCACAGGACCGGAUGCACCAUGACAUUGUGCACCUUCUGAAUGAGUACAACCUGACCCAUAGCCCUUCUGGGCACCCUGGCACCAUGCUGAGCUCAGCCCUCUCGCCAGUGAUCUGUGGCCCAAAUAGGUCCUUCCUCAAUUUGAAACAUGCUUCCUUAAGCAAGAAGCCAAGAAAACCAAGUGCCAAGGAUGCAAAGAGGAAGGGGAAGAAAUCUGUGAGUGAAAGCAAGGGGCAGUUUUCUGAGAGCUCAGUAACCCUCUCACCAGUUGAUUCCCUGGAAUCCCCCCAUGCUUUUGUAUCUGAACCAAUAUCGUCUCCAGUGAUGCCAUCACCAGGGGUUUUACCUUCAUCCCCACACACACAGCACACUGCCACAUCAGUACAGGCUGCGCACACCAUGUCCUUCUCCAACCUCCAUGAGCUGCAGCCCCUGGGAUGUGGAUCCAGCACUGUGCUUCCUUCUGUCAGCCAGCUGCUUUCACAGCACAGAAUCACUCCUCCAAACUGUGGGCUCGAUCGACUCAGGCCAGUUAACAUUUCUGCUGAAUGGAUGAGUCGUAUGGAAAUGAAUGAAUCCCAGUAUAAUGAGAUGUUUGGCAUGGUCCCCCAGCUAGUGCAUUCUCACCCCAGCAUGCCUCAGCAGAGUGGCAUGAUUCAAACCGAUGUGAAGCACGGCGGAGUCUCCAGAGUGUCACUGCCACCUAUUAUGACUUUCCAACUGGUUCCCAAAGGUGGCAUAAACCAGCAGGCAAUGCCUCAGCAGGCACAGGCAAACUGUGCUCAGAAUAUAGCUGGUCCUCUUAGUUCCAUGUACCAGGUACCAGAUCUAGCUCAGUUGCCAAGUGCCUCCUUUCCCAUGGCAGUGAUCCCUCAGCAGGAUGGACAAGUAGCUCAGACAAACCUCCCAGCCUAUCACCAGUUUCAGAGCUCAGUGGGAAAGUACCCCACUCCGCCAUCACAGCACAGCUACUCCUCCUCUGCCACAGAGAGGACUCCCAGCCAUACCAGGCACUUGCCAGGGGAACACCCAUAUCUGACUCCAUCACCUGAGUCACCUGAUCAGUGGUCAAGCUCGUCUCCGCACUCUGCCUCAGAUUGGUCUGAUGUGGCCACCAGCCCCAGCCUCGGCAGCAACCAGCGAGGGCCUGCAGCACAUAUGUCAGAGCAGCAGCGGAGCAACAUGCACGUUUAUGCCUAA